UCCCAGCGGCAGCAGCUCUCCUCUGACUUCCCCCUCCCCUUCCCUCCUGCUUUCUCCUGGCCGGCAGCCGGACGCAAAGUCUGCCGGCACAUUCCUGACCAUAACUUGGACUGCACGUCUAUUUUAACAGCCCACCGCCGGGCCAAGGGCUUCCCCACGUCCCCCUAGUGGACACUUGAAUGAGAGCGUCAGUUCUCUGGAUCACCCGCUGCUCUGCCUGCUGCUCCUCUCCCGAUGAAGAGGGAGAGAUUAGCGCCUGGAUUGUCGCAGGAGUGGAGCUUCUUCAGGGAGGGAAUUACAGCAAAGCAGGUGGAGAGGCUGUACCGAAGUCCAAGCAAUGAGCAGAGUCACCUUCUUUGAGGUGGAGAUACUGGACCCCAAGACCAAGAAGCAGCUCUGCUUUCUGGACAAGGUGGAACCUCAUGCUACAGUAGGAGAAAUAAAAUGUCUCUUUCACAAGUACUACCCUCAGUGGUACCCCGCCAGACAGUCCCUCCGGCUCGACCCAAAGGGAAAACCGCUUAAAGAUGAUGAAAUACUACAGAAUCUGCCUGUUGGGACCACUGCAACAAUGUAUUUCAAAGACCUUGGUCCACAGUUAGGGUGGACAAUGGUGUUUUUGGCAGAGUACAUCGGCCCCCUCUUUAUUUACCUGCUCUUCUACUUCCGGGUCCCAUACAUCUACCGGAACAAGUACGCCUUCACCUCCAGCCCAUAUCCUGUGGUCACCCUGGCCUGUGUAUGCCAUUCAUUCCACUAUAGCAAGAGGCUCAUUGAAACUAUAUUUGUGCACCGGUUUUCCCAUGGCACCAUGCCACUGAGGACUAUCGUCAGGAACUGUAUGUAUUACUGGGGUUUUGCUGCAUGGCUGGCAUACUAUAUAAACCAUCCACUUUACACCCCACCAUCCUAUGGAGACAUCCAAGUAAAUUAUGCACUGGCUGUAUUUGUGCUCUGUGAAGUGGGUAACUUCUCAAUUAAUCUGACACUCAAUAAUCUGAGAUCCGAAGGAUCCAGGUCAAGGAGGAUUCCUUACCCAACCAAGAACCCAUUCACAUGGCUCUUCUUUUUUGUGUCCUGUCCUAAUUACACCUAUGAGGUGGGAGUCUGGAUAAGUUUCACAGUCAUGACCCAGUGUGUUCCAGUGGCUCUGUUCACGUUCAUUGGCUUCAUCCAGAUGACGAUCUGGGCGAGAGGAAAACACAACACCUACACCAAAGAAUUCAAGGACUACCCCCACUUAAGGAUGGCCAUCAUCCCCUUCUUUCUGUGAGGCGGUGCCAGGGAUCGAGCAGCGGUCAGUCACCCCCUGGGCUCGGGGACAGCAGUGCAACUACAGAGGCUCUAAGUGCAGGCCUCAGUCAGCCCUGCGGGAAUCAGCAGUGGCUUUAGAGCUUAUCGACAGGUUACGUUCCUUCCAGCUGAGGUCUGAGAGUUGAUGUCACUUCUCUGUAGCAUGGUGCAAAGUCCUCUUCACGUCUCAAUAUGCAAAUGUUUGCAGCUCCAAAGGGUGGCGGGCAGGUUUUACAGUCUUACAGUCUGUUGCCGAUGGGGAUUUGGGCAAACCAGUUUUUUUUUUUCUUUCUUUCUGAACAGAGCCAUUAAUU